ACGUUGCGCGGCGGUGUUGGCGGCCUAGGGGGUGGCGGCGUGAAUGUUGACAAUGACGACGCCGAGGUUGGUGGGCUGAGUGGCGGGGGUGUAUGUGACAUGGUAACGGGUGGCAAUAGAUUAGAUUGUGUUAGUGGUAGUGUGGUGGUGGGUCAGAAAUAUAUGCGUAAUGGCUCGAUAAGCACAAUGCCGAAGAAACAGCAGCAACUGCAGCUGAAACAGCAACAACAGCAACAACACCUGCGUCUCGCCGGCACAACGUCAGCAACAACGAAACCCAAAUAUAGUCUAACGCUGUUGAAUAUGAAAAGCGGUGGGGUUGGUGUUGGCCAGCAGCAUCAUCACCAUCAGCACAAUAACAACAAUAGCAGCAAUAUUAAUAACAACAACAAUCAUAAUAACAACAUUAGCUUGAGUAGCAGCAGUGUUGGAAGCUGUCAGUUGCAUCCGCAUCGCAAAUCGCCGCAUCCGCAUCCGCAUCUGCAGCCGCAACACGCCUACUAUCAACAGCAACAACAACAACAACAACAACAACCGCAGCACAACAAGCGCGAACAGCAGCGACAACAAUUGUCACAAUCAUACUAUCAUCCACCGCCACCGCCACGUCAUCAGUUACGUGUUUUGCGGCUAUCGUCAGCGCCCACCGGCGCGCCAGAAGCCACAGCCACAGCCACAGCAACAGCAGCAGCAACAGUAACAGCGACAGCAGCAGGAGCAGUUAAUGGCUCAGCGUCACAUCGUGAGGGUGGCGACAGAAGCAGUGGUGAGUUCACUCAACGUAACUCCUUGCAAACGGAGCCAUCGCUCGGGCUGACACCUACUACGCCACCGGCAGUAACAACACCCACGGCCGUGGAUAAGCAAUUAGUUGGCACAAGUACAAUGGCGGAAGACGAUAAUAGCAGUGAUAACUCGGCAACACCGUCUGCAACUAAAACUACAACAACAGGCAGAGCAACGACGCCAAUAGCUGAAGCACCGACCGCAGUAGCAACGUCAAAUGGUUUACGAACAACUCAACUACAACAACAACAAUUACAAAUACAACAACAAAAAGCAAAUAGGCUGUGGUAUCAUUGAUAGAAAAUCAAUGGAUUUGAGCGCUUAUUUCUCUUUCGACGCAAAGAUAGCAGAUUGGAAGGAAUAUGCCAGUAAAAAUUACACCGAAAAAAACCCAUACACCUUCUCAAAGACAUUUCAUGCGAAGUAACACAAGGUAGCUUUUGAUGCAAGGAACGCACUAAAAAGGAGCUGAAAAAACAACAACAUUUUACAAUAAAUGCAAAGCAAGAGCACACAUGCAAGUUUUAAGAUGAAACGACAAACAAUAAAAAAACAGAACAACAAAAGAAGAGAAUGCAGCACCGAACUGAAAGAAUAUUGUACAGGUACAGAUAGCAAGGAAGCAAGAAAUAGUAAAAAUGCAUGCAGAUUGGAGCAAAAAGCCAAAUUUGAAGAGCGAAAAAAAGCCCACUAAAAAAUAAAAAACAAAAAAACUGAGUAGAAAUCGCUCAAAACUGAUAGAUAGCUAUCGCUAAAUAUGUAGUAGGAAAUGUAGAAAGAAGUAUUGCGAACGUAAAGAUGGACGCGCUAAAGUGAAUUAAAACUGAAAUGCCAACGAAAUUGAAAAAUUAAGCGUAGAAAGUAACCAGCAAAGCAAAAAAAAAACGUAGUGCACUGCGAAAAAAAUGAAAAAGUGCAAAAAAGUAGGGAAUGAAAAUGAGUGGCGGCGAACGAAGCAAAUACGAAUAAAAUGCAAACGAAAAGCUUACUUGUAAAUAUUUAAUAGCAAACAGAGUCGUAGCGAGCGAGUAUUUAAGAAAAACAAAAAACGCGAAUAAAAACUGUAAAGUAAAAAUAUUUAUUUGCACGAAAAAAAAACUUCAGCAAGACUUAGAACGACGACUCGCUAUUCGGUUGCACACUUUUUUGUUACAACUAAUUUUUUUUAGCUAAAUUUUAAACAGCAUAGAUACUACCGAAUUUAGACGAUUAAAGUGUUAAGGAUAAAAGAGCGAAUAAUAAGGAUACAAAUGAGUAAAUUAACAAAAAAAAAAUAAAUAAAAUUAAAUAUUGAAAUUCCAUAAUUGAAAAACAAAGUGAUUUAGCGCACUCAAACACUAUUACAGGUAAGAUUUUAGAUUAAAGUAUACACCGAACGACAUACAUAUAUACGUAUAUACACUAUUGAGAAAAA